GCAGCCCCCCGGGAUCGUGUCCGGAGCUCGAGGAGCGGGUGGCGCCCGGCGAGCUAUGCGCGGGGGCGGCGGCGUCUCCUCCUGUUCCGCCUCCUCAGUCUCAUCGGUCUCGCAGAAUCCGCCGGCGGCGGCGGCGCCAGGACAUGGAGCUCGAGAACAUCGUGGCCAACUCGCUGCUGCUGAAAGCGCGUCAAGGAGGAUAUGGCAAAAAAAGUGGUCGUAGUAAAAAAUGGAGGGAGAUACUGACACUGCCUCCUGUCAGCCAGUGCAGUGAGCUUAGACAUUCCAUUGAAAAGGAUUAUAGCAGUCUUUGUGACAAGCAACCGAUAGGAAGACUUCUCUUCAGGCAGUUCUGUGAUACCAAACCCACUCUAAAGAGGCACAUUGAAUUCUUGGAUGCAGUGGCAGAAUAUGAAGUUGCCGAUGAUGAGGACCGAAGUGAUUGUGGACUGUCAAUCUUAGAUAGAUUCUUCAACAAUAAGUUGGCAGCCCCUUUACCAGAAAUACCUCCAGAUGUUGUGACAGAAUGUAGAUUGGGACUGAAGGAGGACAACCCUUCCAAAAAAGUCUUUGAGGAAUGUACUAGAGUUGCCCAUAACUACUUAAGAGGGGAACCAUUUGAAGAAUACCAAGAAAGCUCAUAUUUUUCUCAGUUUUUACAAUGGAAAUGGCUGGAAAGGCAACCCGUAACAAAGAACACAUUUAGACAUUACAGAGUUCUAGGAAAAGGCGGAUUUGGAGAGCAGUCCCCUGUGGGGUGUGCAGUGGAUGGGAGUUGGAAGAAACAGCAGCCUAAUGUUGAUGACACAGAGGCAGGGGGACCAGAACCUGAGGCUCGUGAUACUAUUUUUUCCACUUUUGUUUGCGCCUGUCAAGUGCGAGCCACAGGAAAAAUGUAUGCCUGUAAAAAGCUACAAAAAAAAAGAAUAAAGAAGAGGAAAGGUGAAGCUAUGGCUCUAAAUGAGAAAAGAAUUCUGGAGAAAGUGCAAAGUAGAUUCGUAGUUAGUUUAGCCUACGCUUAUGAAACCAAAGAUGCCUUGUGCUUGGUGCUCACCAUUAUGAAUGGAGGGGAUUUGAAGUUUCACAUUUACAACCUGGGCAAUCCCGGCUUUGAUGAGCAGAGAGCCGUUUUCUAUGCUGCAGAGCUGUGUUGCGGCUUGGAAGAUUUACAGAGGGAAAGAAUUGUAUACAGAGACUUGAAGCCUGAGAAUAUUCUCCUUGAUGAUCGUGAGACAGGGUCUUGUCAUCUUUCCCAGGCUGGUCUCAAAAUGUGGAACUCAAGUAAUCCUCCGACCUUGGCCUCCCAAAGUGCUGGAAUUACAGGACACAUCCGGAUUUCAGACCUCGGUUUGGCCACAGAGAUCCCAGAAGGACAGAGGGUUCGAGGAAGAGUUGGAACAGUCGGCUACAUGGCACCUGAAGUUGUCAAUAAUGAAAAGUAUACGUUUAGUCCCGAUUGGUGGGGACUUGGCUGUCUGAUCUAUGAAAUGAUUCAGGGACAUUCUCCAUUCAAAAAAUACAAAGAGAAAGUCAAAUGGGAGGAGGUUGAUCAAAGAAUCAAGAAUGAUACCGAGGAGUAUUCUGAGAAGUUUUCAGAGGAUGCCAAAUCUAUCUGCAGGAUGUUACUCACCAAGAAUCCAAGCAAGCGGCUGGGCUGCAGGGGCGAGGGAGCGGCUGGGGUGAAGCAGCACCCCGUGUUCAAGGACAUCAACUUCAGGAGGCUGGAGGCAAACAUGCUGGAGCCCCCUUUCUGUCCUGAUCCUCAUGCCGUUUACUGUAAGGACGUCCUGGAUAUCGAGCAGUUCUCGGUGGUGAAAGGGAUCUACCUGGACACCGCAGAUGAAGACUUCUAUGCUCGGUUUGCUACCGGGUGUGUCUCCAUCCCCUGGCAGAAUGAGAUGAUCGAAUCUGGGUGUUUCAAAGACAUCAACAAAAGUGAAAGUGAGGAAGCUUUGCCAUUAGAUCUAGACAAGAACAUACAUACCCCGGUUUCCAGACCAAACAGAGGCUUCUUCUAUAGACUCUUCAGAAGAGGGGGCUGCCUGACCAUGGUCCCCAGUGAGAAGGAAGUGGAACCCAAGCAAUGCUGAGUACCCCGGUGCAGACCACAGAGCAGACCCUGGCGCCAGGAAGGAGCAUGUGUUAGCGUCUCGUCCCACCUGGAAUUGUAAUAAAUACAUCUAAAUAAAGCAUGCCUUGGGAGUGCACAGACCUUUCUGCACUAA